UUUAAUGAAAACAUUGUUUUCAUGUUGUUGUUUUUUUUUCUUGUUUUGACAUUUUAAACUUUUUAUUAAUUCUUAUACUAAAAUAAUAACAAAAAAAUUUAAUUGAAGCAAAAAAACCUUAUUACCAUCUUUAGCAUAAACGUUUAUACAAUGCAUAUCAGAACUUCAAUUAUCAUUUUUUUGGGAAUUGGACUAUGUUCAGCUCAAUGGAUGAUCGGGGUUCCCGGGCUGUAUCGGUCUAAAUUACUGAGAGAAUAUCCAGAAUUUUGCGGCAACCUAAAGUGUCCAAAAUUUAACAUCACGUCAAUAGGCGAUGACUACGAAGAAAGGUGUUAUGAAAAGUCAAUGUGGGCGUCAACUUCAGUACAAGUACCGCAUAAGCAAUCCACUUCAUUUGGACCAAUGUUUCAAUCCCUUUACAAGUAUAUCAGCGGUGAAAAUGAUCAAAAGAUUGAAAUACCGAUGACGGCCCCAGUUCUUAUUACAGUAAAGAUGUCUGCAGAUAAAAAUGAUUUUUUGGAUAUCAAAAUGCACUUUUUUAUUCCUCCAACUAAUUUAACCAUUCCCAAACCCACUGCUGAUGUUAUUAAACUAGUAAAUUAUCCGAAGAUUUGUGUCUACGUUCGAGUUUUUAGUGGAUAUCAGACGUCUGUUAACAAAAACUUGGUGUUACAACGUCGAAAACUUACUGAGGCACUUGACAAAGCCGGUCGAAACUAUAAUAAAAAAGAUUUGAUUUAUGCAGGUUACGAUUCACCUUGGAAAAUAUUUAACCGACAUAACGAAAUUAUGGUAAGAGUCGAACCGAAAGAAUCUGCUACUACAGGCAUUUUAGCAAAAGAGCCAAGCUUUUAUUUAAACGAUGUUGCUUAAUUUUUAAAAUGUCUAAUUUUUAAAUAAAAUAAUACAUUUAUAUGUUUUUA